AUGAGUAGAUUUAACACUGAAUUACCUGAAUCUAUUCUAAAGGGACAACAAGAAAGACAUCUCUGCAACUUCAACUCAAAUCCGUUGGCACCUUAUUCUGCACCUAGCGUUCUUGUGCCGUUAAUUGUGGUGAUUGGAGCUACAAUGGCUAAAGAAGGCAUCGAAGAUUAUCGGCGAAGACAGCAGGAUGUAGAGGCAAACAAUCGGACGGUUGAAGUUUAUGACGGAAAUAGUUCUUUCAACGAAACCAAAUGGAAGAAUCUCCGUGUCGGUGACAUUGUUAAGGUGCAUAAGGAUGAAUAUUUUCCAGCUGAUCUACUCUUACUUUCUUCGGAAUAUGAAGACGGUGUUUGUUAUGUUGAGACGAUGAACCUCGAUGGAGAGACUAAUACAAAGUCGAAGCAUCCGUUAGAGGUAACAUCCUUCAUUCGUGAUGUAGAGACUGUUAAGGGAUUUAGAGCGGUGAUUAAGUGUGAGGAUCCAAAUGAACAUCUUUACUCAUUCGUUGGAACAUUGUACUACGAAUGUCAACAAUACGCACUUUCGCCACAACAAAUCCUUUUGAGAGGUACUAAACUGAAAAAUACUGAUUAUAUCAAUGGUGUGGUUAUCUUCACUGGACAUGAUACGAAAGUAAUGCAGAAUGCUAUGGACCCUCCUUCGAAGAGGACAAGGAUAGAGAGAAGGAUGGAUAGAAUAAUUUAUGUCCUUUUCAGUGCUUUGAUUUUGGUAUCAUUCGUAGGGUCUCUACUUUUCGGAAUUGAAACUAAAAAAGAUGGUGGCGAUUAUGGAAGGUGGUAUCUCCGACCGGAUAUCACGACUGUAUUCUUUGACCCGAGGAGACCUUCAGUGGCUGCAUUUUUGCAUUUCUUGACAGGUCUGAUGUUGUAUGGGUAUUUGAUACCAAUAUCAUUGUAUGUUUCCAUCGAGAUUUGCAAGGUUUUACAAAGCAUUUUCAUUAACCAAGACCAGGCUAUGUAUGAUGAGGAAACCAAGAGGUCAGCACAUGCACGGACAUCUAAUUUGAACGAGGAACUUGGUCAGGUCUGCACUAUACUCUCCGACAAAACCGGAACUUUGACAUGUAACUCGAUGGAGUUUGUGAAAUGCUCAAUUGCUGGCACUGCCUAUGGUCGUGGCAUGACUGAGGUUGAAAUUGCAUUGGCUAGGAAAAGAGGUGAGACAUUGGAUGAACAAAGGGAUAUUGAUACAGUGGAAUCUAGAGAACCUGUUAAGGGUUUCAACUUCCGAGAUGGACGCAUUAUGAACCGGAAAUGGGUGAACGAACCUAAUCGAGAUUACAUAGAAAAGUUCUUUAGGGUCUUAGCACUUUGCCAUACAGCCGUUCCCGAAGUACUAGACCCUGGUAAGAUUUUUUAUGAGGCUGAGUCACCAGAUGAAGCAGCAUUCGUCAUUGCUGCACGAGAAGUCGGUUUUCAGUUUUUCAAAAGGAAUCAAACCAGCAUACAACUGCGUGAACUGGAUCGUAGUAGUGGGGAAAUAGUUGACAGAGUAUACGAGCUUCUUCAUGUGUUGGAGUUCAGUAGUGCUCGUAGAAGGAUGUCCGUAAUAGUAAGGAACCCAGAAAGACAGUUAUUGCUCCUUGCUAAGGGGGCAGACAGUGUGAUAUUUGAAAGGCUUUCAGAAGAAGGACGGAUGUUCGAGGCGGAGACCAAAGAGCAUAUCGAAAGGUAUUCUGAGGCAGGAUUACGAACUUUGGCAGUCGCUUAUCGUGAGCUUGAUGAUGAUGAGUAUAAAAGAUGGGAACAAGAAUAUGUGAAGGCCAAAACUUCUGUAAGUGCCGAUAGAGAUGAUUUGCUGGAUGAGAAGGCUGACAUGAUUGAAAGGGGUUUAAUUCUUCUUGGUGCUACAGCUAUUGAAGACAAACUACAAAAGGGGGUCCCAGACUGUAUUGACAAGCUUGCACAGGCUGGGAUCCAUAUAUGGGUUUUGACUGGUGACAAGAAGGGAACUGCUAUUAAUAUCGGGUAUGCAUGCAGUCUGCUAAGACAUGGAAUGAAAGAGAUUUUGGUCAUACUUGAAAAGCCCGGAAUUGAGGCCAUCGAAAGGGAUAAGGAAGAAUUCGCAAAGGCUUAUAAAAUUGUAGAAAAGCAAAUAGACGAAGGAAUAUCUCAAGUAACUGGCGAAAGCAACACCCAGUUUGGUUUGAUUAUUGAUGGCAAGUCCUUGAUUUUUGCUCUGGACAAGAACCUCAUAAUACGCUUUAUGGAGCUAGCAAUGAAAUGUGCUACUGUUAUAUGCUGUCGAUCUUCCCCAAAACAAAAAGCUAUUGUUACUAGAUGGGUGAAAUCCAAAACAGGUAGAACGACACUAGCAAUUGGUGAUGGUGCAAACGAUGUUGGCAUGAUUCAAGAGGCUGAUAUUGGAGUUGGCAUCACUGGUGUCGAAGGGAUGCAGGCUGCGAUGUCAAGUGAUUUUUCGAUUGCACAAUUUCAUUUUCUGGAACGUUUAUUAUUAGUGCAUGGCCAUUGGUGUUACAGGCGAAUAACAAUGAUGAUAUGCUACUUUUUCUACAAGAACAUCACUUUUGGAUUUACUUUGUUUUGGUUCGAGGCCUACUCUUCUUUCUCUGCUCAGCCAGCUUAUAAUGAUUGGUACAUGUCAAGCUACAAUGUCUUAUUCACUUCACUUCCGGUAAUCGCUCUUGGUGUUUUCGAACAGGAUUUUUCAGCCCGACACUGCCUUAAGUAUCCUUCAUUAUACAAAGAGGGCAUAGACAAUGUCCUCUUCCGCUGGAUCCACAUACUCGGCUGGAUGUUUAAUGGAGUUCUUAGUUCCGUAAUUAUAUUCUUCUUAACUACCAACUCAAUAACUGGUCAAGCAUUCCGCAAAGAUGGUCAAGUUGCCGAUUAUUCGAUUCUUGGGCUGACAAUGUAUACAUGUGUUGUUUUGGCGGUAAAUUGCCAAAUGGCACUCUCCAUCAAUUACUUCACAUGGAUCCAGCACCUCUUCAUAUGGGGCAGCAUUACCUUGUGGUUUAAAUUCUUGUUGGUUUACGGUUCGAUUCCACCGACAUUAUCUACAACGGCAUACAAGGUUUUCAUUGAAGCUUGCGCUCCAAGCAUUCGAUAUUGGCUCACCAUCAUCCUCGUUGUUAUUGCCACACUACUACCUUUGUUUUCCUAUAGGGCUUUUCAGACUCGGUUUCAACCUAUGGUGCAUGAUAGUAUACAAACACGAAGGCCGUAAGAAUUGAGCAUGAUAUGGCUGAAACAAGAUUGUCGGUAAGCAUAGGUACUGACUUUGCCUUAACAGAUUCAGAUCAGAGUCUGAAGGUAAGGAUUAGGGUUACUUUUUUCUCGGUGUUGGUUUUAAGUAUAGGUCAAUAUGAGAGCAUGAAGAUCAGAUGAAAUGGAACCCGAACAUUUGAUUUAUUGAUCUCGCAUAUUUGUAAUUAUUAUUAUUCUUUCAUAAGCUUAACUUUUAAGUGUUAAAUGAAGGUGAUGAUGAAUUCUUCAAUUUUUUUCAACAAUCAAAAUGAAA